UAUAAAAAAGUGUAUAAGGACUUCUCAAAUGGCAUAAAACUGAAUAAACACAUCAUUUUUUUCUUGCUGUGCGUUUGAUCGCUUCGGCGAUGAUUUGGCGGAACUAUUGCUUCAAUAUCUGCCAAUCGAUGACAGACUAAGACUACAAUCGGUGUCCAAACAGUGGUUGGCAUUGAUAUUCAAUACACAAACGCAUCUCUUAUUUAAUAAGAAACUAUUGAAAACAAUGUCUUUGAAUUCAAGUCGUAACAAUUAUCCGAUAAUUAGAUUGUUUAAAGUGAUUGUCUCAAAGUUUCCAAACAUUACCGCAGUUACCAUAUGUGAGGGACUACCCGGUGCUGUCCAUAUGAUAAGUCAUUGCAUUAAUUUAUUAAUGAAAAACUGUCACCGAUUGCGACACUUUUCUAUUAUGUUUAACUAUAACCGUCUCGUAUCGGACGGCGGUCUCUGGUCGGUCAUCUAUCGUACGUUUGAACGCUUUUUCUGUCAAUUUGGCCGACAAUUGUUGACAUUCAAUGGUCGACAGUAUACCUAA